AUGCCCGAAACUACUAUCAGCCCUAGAAACAAUUUCAGUUUCAACAUCAAUGCCAAUGGUAACAUACCUACAUCUUCCCCUACGGCCACCAUAGUCAACAACUCCGCACCCACCAACCCAACUCAAAAGCGUGUAAGAGCCAGUGGUGAAGUAUUAAACUUUCUAAUACUGGAGUUUGAAAACAACCCUAGUCCCAGCCCGGAUCGUAGAAAAUAUAUUAGUCAAAAGGCACAAAUGAAUGAAAAAGCAGUGAGGAUCUGGUUUCAAAAUAGAAGAGCUAAACAAAAAAAAUACGAAAGGAGCUUAAGACAGGGCCAUUCAUCAGUAUCGUCAGCAUCUUCAUCCUACUCAAAUUUCAGUCCUGGUGGCAGCAGCUCAUUUGGGAAAGAAUUGGCAGCUCACCAUACUACGUUUGAUUUCAUACAAAAACACGUGCCGAUCGAGAUAAAUGAAAAAUAUUCAUUUAUAGAUUGUACUUCACUAUCAGUAGGGUCAUGGCAACGAAUCAAAAGUGGAAUACAUCAACAACUGUUGCUUCAAAACAAUUUGAUCAAUCUAUCACCAUUCAAUCUUAAUAAUGUUAUGCAACAAGUUGAUUUACUAGUCCUCCUUUCAAGAAAGAACCAUGAAUUGAAUUACUUCUUUCUGGCCACUUCCAAUGAUUCCAAAAUACUAUUUCGGAUUUUCUACCCAAUAUCUGCUAUAUCACGUUGCUCAUUACAUGAUAACUUGGUGAACCUGGAUAACAAUGAAUUGAAAAUCCAUUUAUGCCAUCAACCCAAGUUUUCGGUAUAUUUCUUCAAUGGCUUAAACUCAACCACGAACCAAUGGUCGAUAUGUGAUGAUUUCAGUGAAGGACAACAAGUGAGUCGGGCUUACUCAAGUACAGUUGACGCUGAGUACAAAUUCAAGGACUUUGAACCAACUACAUCAAGCCAAGACGAGAAAUAUGACAGUAAUGGAGAAGAACAUGAGGAAGAUGAAGAAGAUAAUGGUAAUUCUGACGUACCUCAUGUCCUUGUUGGAUCAAAAAUUGCCCUUAAUUAUCUCAGUACGUAUAUAAGUCAGAGCAUAGUGGGUUUGGCAGAUAACAACCUCCACAUUAACAACCUCAACAACGAGUCAAAUCCAACCCAUGCAUCAGUUUCCAAAUUUGGUAUCCCUCCUUCAAUAUCGGCGCCAGCAGAAGCAACAUCAACAUCAACAGAAACAGAAACAUCAACAAUGAAGCACCACUCACUCGAUCUUGGAAUUCCAUUCCAUAGCGGACAGGGUUUGCACUCAAUAUGGCCUAAUGACUUGUCAUCAUUAGCAUUGGAUACUGACAUUGUCAACAAUAACAGUAACAACAGUAACAACAGCAACGACUUUUCCUCCAUGUCACGACACAACAUCUCCGCGCCAAGCUCUUCCACUGCUACUGCAGUCACUACUUUCAACGGUCUGCCGUUUUCAACUACUUCGAACCAGUUGUACCUGGCAGAUACCCCACAAUCGUCACAAUCGUUUGGAAAUUUCGUUACCAGCAACAAACUAGACCCUUUGCAUUUUAACAGUACAAAGACAACGACGUCGCCCGAAGAUGUACUCUCAUUGUCAAGUGAUCAUCAACUACACGCAUUUAUUGACGGCACAUCAUCAUCAUCAUCCUCAUCAUCGUCCAGGCCAGCAAAAUCCGGACAGACCAACGAUUCAACUGGAUAUGUUCAUGUAAUCGGUCACCACGCUGAUUCUGAGUACGUUGGGAUAUCCGAGAACUUGGUAUGUUUGAGCAGUAACGACUUCGAUAAUGUCAAUUUCACUAGUGGUGGUGACAAUGGUGUAACUCCAAGUGAGUUUCAGUCAACCAAUCUUGAAUUCAUUGACUUUUAG